UAAAUUACAUCAUUCAAAAAUAAAAUUUACCCUCUGCUUAAUGGGUUACGCCCAUAAUUCCUUUUUUUUUUGCAUGCCAUCACCAUCACAAUUAUGUCUGCUUCUUUUUAUCUUCUUUUGCUUUCUGCUUUUCUGCUUUUGUUUCCCACUCUUCCUCUUUUUCUUUUUUUGAAACAUUCUCUUAACAACAUCAUGAUUUUUUCUUUUUUCUAUUCUGUUCCUUUAUCCAGCAAGCCCACUUGACAGCGGAUUGCACGUUACUCUCCAGCUCUUUCCUUUUUCUUUUAUUCCAUUUUUGCUUUCUCAAAGCUGGUUGAUGAUUUUCUUGCUCUGUGCAUUGAAGGCAAUGAUUAAAGGAGACAGGGAACCUUGGUAGGCAUCUUCUUAUCUUAUUCAUGAGUGCUUCCUGUGGGUUUUUUUUUGCAGAAAUCUUGUUCUGCUCGGCAUCUGACCGCUUUCAAAUUCGGGGCGGAAGUCGGGUCCGGACCGAAACUUCUAUCCUUGCAUACUGAAACUGAGCAAUGUCAAUCUGACCAAAAAGCUUGGGAUCAGAGACCAAGUCCUUCAACUUGGCAGUCCUGGGAUGAUGCAGCCACAUGCUGCCAUCCAUGAACUGUACACCGUUGGAUUUGCAUGCUUCCAGUAUCUGAUCAAACAGCUGAAGAGCUUCGAGAAACUUGUCGUGCUCCUGCUCCAUCCAGCUCUUCUCAUUCGAGAUCUCGUAUUUAAUACGACACCAGAGCUUCCAUCUUCCAUCAAAGUGACUUCACUAGACACAUAAUUUUGAAAUUCAGGGUGAAGCCCUCUUUGAAUCUUUCCAGGUGGCGGAGCGAUUUCUGAAACUUCUGGAUCAUCCUAAACACUAUUGGUUUUAAAAAUUCUGAAGAGAGUGUUUGGAGAAGAAUGAGAGAGCGAGAGAAGCCCUCUGCGACGGUCAUGAAGUCAGAUCCUCAAUCAGGUUCUGCAUCCAAGGAUGAUUCCGGAUCCGGGUCGGAGACCGAGUCCGAUAACCACUCGCCGCCAGCUUCCGACUUCACCGUCAAGCCGAUCGUCUUCAAGCCCGAGAACAACGUUGUUAUGCCCAGCAAGAAGACUGCUUCGGCGAAGCCUGCUGCCGCGCCCAGUUCCGGGUCGAAGCGACCGGCGGAGACCAAGCCCAGCUUGAAAAAUUCCAAGAAGAAGAAGGUCGGCGGCGACGAUGAAGAUAAGAUCAGGAGAUUGAAGAAGAAGUACCAGGCUGGAGAGGAUGGCGAUGACCUGGUGUUUUCGAAGCCCUAUGAGCUUAAGUGCUUUGAGUUAUGCAAAAAGACUUGGGGUUCUGAGGCUUAAAAAGAUUCACGGUGGAGGUGAAAAAAUGAAAGAGAAUGGACAUAACU